GCGGCGGAGCGGCAUGCAUCUCGGCCUCGCGCAUAGCAGAUAGUCGCGACGCUCUGGGGUGCCUCACGUCCAGUCCAGCAUUCUUGUGCUGCCUGCCUGGUAGAAAUUGGGACAGGCCAGGAGGAGAUUGCUGCGAAGAGCAGGGUGUGAGAAGGACGAGAAACGUGCUGCUGUGACGAGAGCGAAAACACACCGCAUCGGGGGACGAAGCCACACGACACCAAUGGCAGAGCCAGAUGCGGCGGCCCUCCGGAAGGAGUUGGCCAUGGUCAAAGACAAGGCGAAGGCGUACAUCUCCAAGCUGAACGAGGAGAAAGCGGCGCUUGCGAAGGAGCUGCAAGACAAGUCCAACGUCCUGGCCGGGGUGAAAGAAAAGACCAAGGCGUACGUGGAGAAGCUCAAUAGGGACAAAACGGCGACGUUGGCGGUCCUCGAAGACCAGGUGAAGGACAGAGACGGGCGGUUGCUGCGGGCGGAGGAGCUGCUACAGGCGAAGCUAGCGGCCAAAGACGAGGAGCUCCAAGCGGCACAGGCGGAGGCAAAGACCCUACGGGACCAGGCCGAGUCAGCUGCGGCGGCGUCAGGCCACGACCCACAAGCAAACAGAGGCAGCGCCGGCGCUGAUUCACCGAGUGAGGAGGCCGUGGCGGCGGCGCGAGCCGCUGCCGAGGAAGAGAUGAAGUCUCUGAAGGGGGAGUUGCAGCGUGUGUCGGAGGCGUUGGAGGCAUGUGAAGCGUCCAGGACUGAGACCGAGACUCUUCUCGCCGAAACCAAGCAGGCAGCGGCGGAGGCCACCGAGAGGUUGACGGCCGCGGCGAGGGAGCGGGACGACGCCUUGGCUCGUGCGGAAACCCUGCAGGCCUCCCUGGAGGCAGCGGCCGCCGCUGCGGCCGCCGCUGAGAGCGCGGCGCGACAAAAGGCGGAGGAGGAACUGGAGGAGGCGGCGCAGUCCACGGCCGAAGGCCUUCGGGCGGAGCUGGCCAAAAGCGAGGCUGCUAGGGCGGAGGCCGGAACAGCCGCGGCGGAGUCCCUCGCCAAAGCGGUGGCGGAGGCAACCGAAGCGGCGGAGAAGGAAGCUAGCGCUGCAGCGGCGGCGGCGGCGGCACUACAAGAGUCGACGAUAGAAGAGCUGCGGUCGAAGCUGGCCGAGAGCGAGGCUGCGGAAAUGGAAGAGUCGGGGGACAAGGCGGAGGCGGCAGCGGCGGCGCUCUCGCAGGCUAAGGCUGGUAGGGCCGAAGCCGAGUCCGAGGCGGCGAGGCGGGAGGAAGCCCUUAGAGCGCAAGUGGUCGGUAUGGAAGCGGAGGUUGCCAGUCUUCGGGAAGAGCUUCGCGUUGCAGAGGAGGAAAAAGAAAUCGCGGCUGCGGCGGCAACGGCGGCGGAGAAGGACACGGACGGGACCGGGAGCUCGGCAGAAAGGUCGUGUGCGGCGAGCGGUGAACUGCCGGUAGCUGCAGUGGACAGCACCGACGGGGGUGCCGCAGAAGACGGUGCGGCGGCAGCGGCGGCGGUGGACACGAAGGAGGAGGUGGAUGCCCUGGUCGGUCGCGUGGCCGCCCUAGAGGAGGAGCUGGCAGCGUCGAAGCUCGCUUUGCACCGGCAGGAGGAGGAGGCGGCGGAAGCGGCAGCGGUGGCGGCGGCGGCGGCGGAGGAGAUGGAGGCAAUACGGGGACGUCUGCGGGUUGCGGAGCAGGAGACAGCGGACCUGUCGGCAGAGCUGUCGAGCGCAAAGGAAGCGGCAGCGGUGGCAGCGGCGGCGGCGGGUACGGAGGAGGACAUGGAGGCACUACGGGAACGUUUGCGGGUUGCGGAGCAGGAGAUAGCUGAGCUAUCGGCAGAGCUGUCGAACGAAAAGGAAGCGGCAGCGGCGGCGGCGGCGGCGGGUACGGAGGAGAUGGAGGCAAUUCGGGAACGUCUGCGGGUUGCGGAGCAGGAGACAGCUGAUGUUUCGGCAGAGCUGUCGAGUGAAAAGGAAGCGGCAGCGGCGGCAGCAGCGGCGGCAGUGGCGGCGCUAGAAGCGACACAAGCGGCGAAGGACCAAGAGACCGCUGAAGAGGCGGCGACGGCAAGCGCGGCGGCGGCGGCAUCGGAGGAGGCCCUCAGCGCCGCCCGGCGCGAGACCGAAAAGGCCUUGGAGGAUUCCGACAAGCAGGCCGAGGAGCUCUCGUCGAGGCUGAUGGGCGCCCUGGAGGAGCGUGAGGAGGGCCGGCGGCGCGAAGCCGCCGCUGCGAAGGAAGCCGGACGACUCCGGGAGGAGCUGGCGGAGGCCAUGGGGGAGCUCGACUUGGCGCGGGCCGAGGUGAAGCGCCGGGACGCCGCGGCGGACGAGAGCGCCAGCGAGUGGGCCCGCAGGGUUCAGGAGGUGGAGGGGAAGAUGGAGGCGGCGGAGGCAGGAGCUGUCGAGGCCGUCAAGGCUCUAGAGGACGCGCUGACGCAGCGGGAGCAGGAGGCGGAGCGGCUGACGGAGGAGGUGGCGGGGCUAAGGAAGGAGACGUCCCUCGUUAAGGCGGAGCUCGAGGCUAGGGGCGAGGCCUUGCGGCAGGCCAAGCUUGACCUGGCCUCCGUGUUGGAGGACUCCACCGCCACCGGCGCGAAGCUUUCGGAGGCGAGGUCGUCGCUGGAGAAGACGAAGGCGGCCCUCGUGGAGGCCGAGGCGAGGCUGGAGAGCGAGAGCGCCGCUAACGCCGGGCUCAAGGCCGCGGUCAUAGAGACGAACGAGACCGUGUCGAAGCGAGUGGACGUCCUCCGAGACGCUAUCGAGAAGGUGGAAGCGGAGCGAGACGCCGCCGCGGCAGACGUAGCUGCGAGCAAGACUCAGCUCCAAGCCCUUCAGGCCCAGGUGGCGUCCCUGCUGAAAGAGAACGCUGGUGCGAAGACGGAGGCCGGGCUGAGGGUGGGCGACCUGCAGCAGCGGUUAGCGGCGGCGCAGGACGAGCUUGGUCGAGAGAAGGAGGCGAUCGCCGAAAGAAAGAAAGAGAUGCAGGCUUAUGCAGAGGCGAUGGCAAGGGAGGGAGAAACUCUCCGGACUGCCACUAAGGAAGCGCAGGCCAUCGCGGCAAGGGCUACGGCAGCCGAAAGCGAGAGCAAGUCCAUCGUGGCGCUCGUGAGGCGGGAGGGGGAGGCGACGGCGUCCAGCCUGAGGCAGGCGCUGGAGAAGCAGGCGGCUGAGGCCAGCCGCGCCGUGGCAGCACUUGAGGAGCGGAACGCCGCUCUCGAAUCCGAAACUUCAAGGUUGCAGCAUCUCAUGAUGACCGAGACUGGCGAGAGGGAGGAAAAGGCACAGGGGCUCGAACAAAGCCUGGUGACAAAGAUCGAGGAGGCCAACCUCCACAAGAAGAAGCGGCUGGAGGCGCGGUCGAUGAUGAUCUCCCUCGACAAGACGCUGGAGGCCGAGAGGGACGGGCACAAGGCGGUCGGCCACGCCCUGCAGUACAAGCUUGUGCCCAAGGCCAUCGACCAGGCGACAGUGCUAGAGCGGGUGGUGAUGACGGCGGAGCUGUCGGUGCACCGCCUGUCGAGGGCCGGGGGCGUUAGGCUAGCUACCAACCUACAGGCGGCCCAAUCAAGCCUGGCGCGGCUUCGGGGGAGAGUGGCGGGUGCCGACGAACCUCCGGUCGCUUGGCACCAGCGUCAGUCCUCCGAUUUGUCCAGGGUAGCUCUCAUGGGCGGCAGCGGCGGCGCCAGCAGCAUGAUCGGCGGGGGGCCUGAGGACGCGAACUCGAGUGUCAUAUCGGACAGAUUGGACUCGCCUUCCGGCUCGGCGGCGAGCGGAGACCAGGGGGGGGGUCCUGGCUUCUGGCGGGGGUCCAGCAGGCUUGGGAAUCAGACGCCCAAGGACUCGAUCUACUUGGAGAGAGUGCGGCGUUUGGAGUCGGAGAUGGAACGGGUGUCCUCUGGACUAGCGCUUGUUUCCCAGAGCGUGGAGCAGCUGUCGGAGCUGGUGGAGGUGCAAGCUAGCUUGUGUGGCGGCCUCUCCGUGCUCUGCUGUUCGUCUCGCCGUGCUGGCGUUGGCGCUGCCGCGACGACGAGCGGCGGGAGGAGGAUGAGGGCGGGAGGCGGGGGAGGCCCCGCGUACUCGACCCUCGAAAUGGGCAGCCGGCGCCUGGUGGAAGGAGGAGAGUCGGAGAGCGAUGCCGCAACGCCCGUGUCGGAUGACUUAAGCCGACCCGGCAAGAGUGUUCCCGGCGACAAGGCUGUCGUGCGAUAGACAACACUGAAUGGGUGGGUUUGGUAGAUUGGGGUGCCUUCGUGUCCUCGUUCCGGAUGACUUCCGCUCCACAUGGUAGUUCGGGGGGUGUUUUAGGCGUUGUUGCGGGGUUUGCCGUUCGAAGAGCUGGCAACGAGGCUCCUCUUUUGCCUGGGGGCGAUUUUUCGUCCGGCGGCACGCUGAUUCAUUGUUGAGUGAUUUUGCGAUGCAAGACUUAAUAGUCUACGGCCCGUACAUUCGUGUGGCAGAUGCUCUGCUCCUCGGUGCUCACCAUCUGUUCGGCCGCCCGUUUUGGUGGUGCUGCUGUAUUUAGUAUUAAUCGGUAGUGUUUGGGUAUGCGGCGCGGGAGGACAUGCCCGCCGCAUGAUGCUUCGGGGCCGGAAUACCUUUCGCGUGGAAGGGUAUUUUCAAUUGGCACCCCUUCUUUCGUUUCUGGGAGUGCCCGGUGUGACGCCGGUGAUAAGGGCGACGAUUGGCUACGUGGUGAUGGCUGUUUGGCGAGGGGGAUGCCUUUCAUUCGUGCGGUAGAUGUGUGUAUGUACGUGUGCGGUUUGUUGUCCGAAAAGUGGAGAGGGUACAUUGCCCGUGAACCACUCGGUGGAGGGAGUGUUCCGGAAACAUUCGAGACAUAAAAGGGGCAAUGAACAGAGAAGAUUGAACGGUUGGAGUUCUUCGGCUACACUUUGCCCCGACAUUCAUUGUCUCUCUUCACGAUGACUCUUCUCAGCUAGUCUAGACUGUGUCUGCGGUCUCUCUUCGCAAUGAAUCUUCUCAACUCGUCUAGUCUUGUGUCUGCACUAGCCGCCUACUUCCAUGUUCAAGCCACGCAGUAGUUUAAGCUGAAAAUC